GCUGCCUCAGGAAAGACCCUUUUCGCCGGGUGUUUUUCUCGAGGGAAGCUGUGUGUUGUAACCGUAACUAAUCACCAUCUGACCUGUCCUUCAGCUGGCAACAUGACAUACUACAAGUUCAGCGGCUUCAGCCAGAGGUUGACAGGGUCGGCACCGGCCACCGCCUACAGCCCGCAGGUAAGUCCGGGAGAAGACUGCACUAGUCGGACAGUGAGAGGCUGGGUACCCAGCGUCAGUGACCUUCAUUAACUGACGGUGCGGCGAUGCCUGACAGAACAAAGGUCGUGGGGUAUCCAAGAGGCCGAGCCUAAACGUGAAAAAUGUAUUUAUUUUGAGUUGUAUUAAUAGGGAUACGUAUAUUUCUACUUUUUAACCUUAACUUCAUUGCUUGUGUAACUAGUUAGCUAUGUCCAGAGGUGGCAGCGUCCCUCCUGUCCUUACUGAGUUGACUAGCACCUGGUUAUAUUGCUUGUCAAAAGUGCUUAAAUGAGUUGUCCUAACUUGUUGGUGUUGAGAUAAAACUGUGUGUUCUUUUCCAGGGUCUGAGGCCUGGUUUGCCAGCAGAGCCUCCCACCAUGACGUUUGCUACACCCACCAAGAUGGUGUCAGAGUCAGGGGCCAUGAUGGAAUACCUAGGGGUGAACAAGGUGCCAGACUUCCAGAGACUGUUCCAGGUACACACUCCCCCCCUCUCUCUCUCCUCUAAAGCCCAAGUCACACGGGGCGAUGUCCGUCAACGAUGUGAAGUUGGCAUUAAUUCAUACACUGCGUAACGUAAGGCAGCAUGAUUGUCAUAAAAAGCCAUAAUAAACAGUUGUAUUCUCUCUCGAAAUUGGAGUUCCUUGAGUUUUCCAGCCAUAGCCCACCUAGGUUAUAUGCCUUUGAUGGAAAUCAACACUGAUAUACUGCCAUUGUUUUUUUUUUAUAUAGGUAGCCUAUUUUACUGAUAAACCCUAGCCUACAGCCCAAUACAUUUUAAACUACAACAAAUCAUAGGGAAGAUCAUAACAUCUCUUCUAAUUCAUUUUCUACAAAUUACCCAAGGCCCUCCCCAAACAUGCACUUUAUUUGAAUUUCAUCAAUGAAAUUGGCUGUAAGCUACAACGGUGAUAGCCUACUGUCAUUAAAUGACAUCGACAAUAAAUGACAUCGACAACGUGAUGUGCAAUUCCGAAACACAAUCCAGUUGAUAAAUGUAUAGAAUGUCGUCGCAUUCAUGCAUUGUUACAUCAUUUAUUAUAAGCUCUAUCCUAUACAUAAUGUUGGCACUGGCAGUUAAACUUAGCAACACUAAAUAGACACUUUUUAACUAUAUAUGUCACAAUUCAAUGUUACGAUGCACAAACAGUCUAUUUUCUGACAACUUAUCGGCUAAUUUGACCAGCAUUGCUCCGCGAGAAAAAGAAACGUUCUUUCUAAUUUUACUUGCUAUAUGCUCGUGACGCCAUUGACGCUCGCAGAUGUCUGUUUUGUCUUUUUCACUCCCCUGUAUUUACAGCAUGAGCACGCUCGUUCACACACGUAAAAUAAAACUCUCCCUGUGUGUUUAGGGCUUAACAGUCCCUCUCUCUUUCUCUGUCCCUGCCUCAGACGUCAGAUGGUAUUCCAGUUCAUCUGAAGAGAGGUGUCCCUGACAGACUGUUGUACCGCACCACCAUGGCUCUGACAGUAGGAGGCGCACUCUACUGCCUCGUGGCCCUCUACAUGGCUGCACAACCCAGGAAAACGACCUAAACCCAGUCCAGCCCUAUAUCCCAAGCCCAGCUCAGACCAGCCAAGUUCACCAGGGGUCUGUUCAGAAGGGGGGAAUGUUACAGAAGUGUUCUGAUUUCUUUGUAUAAUAUUCUGAAAGUUUCACCUCACUGAAUACACCCCUGGCUUGGCCUAGGAUCAACUAACCCGACUCACCCCUAUCACGUCAUCCACGGCUCUAAGACUGAAACUAUACAGAGAAAUGAUGUUGAUGAUGAGGAGGAGGAACAAAAAUAUUAACGUAAUUAUAUGAGAACAUGUGAUGUAUGUCUGGCACAUUUGUUUAAAAAAUAGUUGAUAAAUGUGAUAAAAGCAGUUAACUACCCAGUGAUCCUCUGUCCCUUAUUGGCUUGGUUCCCAAAGCACCCGACUGUGUCUCGUCUGCAUCAACCCCACCUCCGAGUCGUAGUAUAUUUCUAUAGAAAUGUAGACUACAGUCAUUUAUUGCUUGCGUGUAGUUCAUCACCAAAAAAAUUAUGCCGCAUUGAAGGUCCCCAAGAAAAC